AUCGAACCAAGGCGCGACCGUGACCCUCGCAUUGCAGGACUCUCUUCCGGAAGAAUCCAUACCCUCAAACCGAAUCAUUUUACUUGAGAUACAAGCGUCUGCCCAACAAGCUAUGUCGGCGUUCACCACUAUAGUGCUUGAAGUCAUCCUGGCCGACGACACGGCGCCGCCGCCCACCGCCCUCGUCUUUGACGCAACCUACUAUGUGGGUAGCUACACGGAGAGCGAUGGUCUCGUUUUCAGCACUCCGAUAGCUCUCGCCGAAGGUUUUGAAGUGGAUGUCGAGUUCGGUCUCGAAGGAGAUAGUGCGCAAUGGUUCACAUUAGUGCCGGGCUCUGAUAACACCUACAGCCUAGCACUCUCCAGUCCCAUUCCGGCAGCUGUCGUCGCCAACAAUCAGAAACUCAUCUUCGUCGUCACGGCUCAGAGGUCUGGUGGAGUCGCCGCCCGAGCNACUCUUUUCUUGCUAACACAUUUAAACGACCUACAAUAA